AUGGUCAAAUCAUACCUGAAAUAUGAGCACUGCAAAUCGUUCGGCUUAAUUACGUCCAGCUCGUCCAACAUCGUCUGGUCCUCUCGAGACAAGACCACUGCCGGAGCAGGUCAGGCUGUCGUCGCAGCUAACGAAGAGGUAUUAUGCUGGGACAUAAAGAAGGGCGAGCUUCUGGCUCGCUGGCGGGAUGAGAACUGCAAGGCGCAGGUCACUGCCAUUGCCCAGAGCAAGACCGACAAGGACGUCUUCGCUGUCGGCUACGAGGACGGCACUAUUCGGUUAUGGGACAGCAAAAUCGCAACCGUCAUCCUCAAUUUCAAUGGUCACAGAUCCGCAAUCACUACCCUUGUUUUCGACAAGUCAGGCGUCCGUCUCGCCAGUGGUUCCAAAGACACCGACGUAAUAAUAUGGGAUCUUGUGGCUGAGGUUGGCCAGUACAAACUGCGUGGACACAAGGAUCAGGUGACGGGCCUGCAAUUCGUUGAGCCGGACACGCAAGCAGAAGAUGAGGAGACACAGCAGCUAAUGGCACUGGAUGGCCAAGGCGCAGGGGACGGCUAUCUUCUAACAACGGGUAAAGACUCGCUCAUCAAGCUAUGGGAUCUCUCUUCGCGACACUGUAUCGAGACGCAUGUCGCGCAGACCAACGGAGAAUGCUGGGCUCUCGGUGUCUCACCUGACUUGAGUGGCUGUGUCACGGCCGGCAACGAUGGGGAGCUGAAGGUGUGGGCUCUCAAUGCCGCUGGUCUUUCCGCUGCUACCCACCAAGUCGACACACCGCAGACAACACAUUUUCUUCAGGAUCGUGGGACUCUACACCGGCAGAGCAAGGACAGAGCAGUUGAGGUAUCCUUUCACCCGCGGCGAGACUACUUUGCCGUCCACGGCGUGGAGAAGGCCGUCGAGAUCUGGCGGAUUCGGAGCGACGCCGAAGUCAAAAAAAGUCUGGCCCGAAAACGGAGAAGAAGGCGGGAAAAGUCUGCGUCUUCCAAGAAAGACAAGGCAGACAGGGAUGUUGAUAUGGUGGAUGUCGAGACCGAGGCUGAUGAAGAGGCCGUUGGUGUCCAGGCGGACAUUACAGAUGUCUUUGGACAGCAUGUCAUCGUGAGAACGACGGGUAAAGUUCGAUCAGUCGAUUGGGCAGUCAGUCAUGGGCACAAGCAGUUACAGCUACUUGUCGCGACGGCAAACAACCAGCUCGAGCUGUACGACAUUGCAACGAAGGAGAAGACGAGCAAGUCAAAAAAGGAGGAUGUGCCAGACUAUGCAAAGUCCUUGUCGGUGGAGCUUCCUGGGCACAGGGCAGAUAUUCGAGCCCUGUCGCUUAGCUCAGACGAUAAGAUGCUUGCCUCCGCGGCCAAUGGCAGCCUGAAGAUCUGGAAUGUAAGGACCCAGGCUUGUGUCCGAACAUUCGAGUGUGAACAAGUGGUCAUCGUGGGAACCAAGAGCGGUGAAUUGGAGUUGUUCGAUGUUACAUCGGCCUCUCUCAUCGACAGCAUAUCAGCUCAUGAAGGAGCGAUCUGGUCUCUUCAAGUGCAUCCUGAUGGGCGGUCGGUUGUCACGGGCAGUGCUGAUAAGACAGCCAAGUUCUGGGAUUUCAAGAUUGUCCAGGAACAAGUCCUCGGCACCACAAGAACGACGCCAAAGCUCAAGCUUGUGCAGUCGAGGGCGCUCAAGGUGUCGGAUGAUGUUUUGAGCUUGAAGUUCUCUCCGGAUGCGAAACUCUUAGCUGUGGCAUUGCUCGACAAUACCGUCAAGGUCUUUUUCACCGACUCGCUCAAGCUCUAUUUGAAUCUUUACGGUCACAAGCUUCCGGUCUUGAGUAUGGAUAUUUCCUACGAUAGCAAACUUAUUGUCACAAGCUCGGCAGACAAGAACGUCAGGAUAUGGGGCUUGGAUUUCGGAGACUGUCACAAGGCACUAUUCGCACACCAGGACAGCAUCUUGCAAGUGGGUUUCGUGCCUCACAACUCGGACGGGAACGGUCAUCAUUUUUUCAGCACCAGUAAGGAUCGUACGAUCAAGUACUGGGAUGCCGACAAGUUCGAGCAGAUCCAAAGGAUCGAUGGCCACCACGGCGAGAUAUGGGCUCUCGCCAUGGGCCACAGCGGAACAUUCAUGAUCAGUGCGAGCCAUGAUAAGAGCAUCCGCGUCUGGGAGGAGACAGACGAGCAGAUCUUCCUUGAAGAGGAGCGGGAGAAGGAGAUCGAGGAGCUGUACGAGACGACGCUAGCUACGACACUCGAGGAUGGUGCAGACAUGCAAGACCAGAACGGUGAAGUAGCAGCUGCCAGUAAACAGACGGUGGAGACCCUCAUGGCAGGAGAGAGGAUCGUGGAGUCGCUGGAACUCGGUAUGGUCGAUCUCGGCGUGGUUCGAGACUGGGAAGAAGCUAAAUUGAGCAACCCAAACGUCGCGCCGCCACAGCGCGAUCCGAUAUUCAUGGCUUUGGGAGGUAUCAGUGCAGAGGUCUAUGUUAUGAACACUCUCCAGCGCAUCAAGGCCUCCGCGCUCCACGAUGCCUUACUCGUCCUGCCAUUUUCGACCGUCCCACUUCUCUUCACGUUCCUCGACAUCUUCGCCUUGCGAUCGAUGAAUAUCCCCCUGACCUGUCGGAUACUGUUCUUCAUGCUCAAGACACACCACAAACAGAUCGUCGCUAGCAAGACGAUGCGGGCUAUGUUGGACAGCAUACGGACCAACUUGAGACAGGCGUUGAGAAAACAGAAGGAUGAGAUGGGAUAUAACAUUGCGGCCUUGAAAGUUGUGGGGAUGCAGAUCCAAGAAAAGAGUAUCAAGGACUAUGUGGACGAAAAUUGGGAGGCCGAGGAAGAUGACAGCCGUGGUGUCAAGAAACGAGCUUUCAUCCAAGUCUCAUGA